AUCUGCAAAAUUGGUCGUUUACAAGCUUAAAAGAAAAAUACUACUAGUAAAACAUCAGAGCUAAUUUAUGGCUUUGGCUCGUUUGGCUUUGAAAAAUUUGCAGCAGAGAUGUUCUUUACCAUCAUAUCAGUGUGCCUCCGAAAGAACUGUAAACUCUGUCCAGAAACAGAGAUGGGGUUCUGAACUUCUUAGAAGGAUAUCAUCAGCCGCCGGCAAGGAGGACUCUGCUGGCCAGCAGGUGGCUGUUUCCGAGGGUGGCGAGAAAUCGAACAAGCUUUUCCCAAAGAAGAAGCAACGUAGAAGCCUGUGGCAAAAGGAGGACGAUAACUUCCCUCCUCCUCUCUGGGAAUUCUUCCCCUCGGGACUCGGAAAUGCUCUGGUGCAAGCAUCAGAGAACAUCAACAGGCUGCUUGGGAAUCUAUCACCUUCACGACUUCUGGGCAAAUUUAAAGAGCAAGACGAUUUGUACAAGCUGCGGCUUCCAGUGCCGGGGCUUGCCAAGGAGGAUGUAAAGGUGACUGUUGAUGAUGGAGUUCUGACAAUAAAGGGAGAGCGCAAGGAAGAGGAAGAAGGGUCUGAUGAUGAUGAUGAUGAUCACUGGGCAAGCUUCUAUGGUUACUAUAAUACCAGUGUUUUGCUGCCUGAUGAUGCAAAAGUUGAUGAAAUUAAAGCAGAGAUGAAAGAUGGGGUUCUUACGGUUAUCAUUCCGAGGACUGAGAGGCCUAAGAAAGACGUAAAAGAAAUCUCAGUGCACUGAGAUUAGGUGUUUUGAGUUCGACGGAUUGGGCGAGGGAGAAAGAUAUACUACUACCAUAUUAGUAGUAUUACUUUUGCUUGCUUCUCAAAAACUUGAGGUUGGUUUGUUUGUUUGUUUGAGUGUGACUCUUGAGAAAUAAUUUCUGCUGCCACUUUCCAUUAUGAACUUGAAGAGGUUUCGAGUCU